AUGGCCGACACAGUAGGAAAGACCAUCACUUGCAAGGCUGCCAUCGCCUGGGAAGCUGGCCAGCCCCUGUCCGUGGAGGACAUCGAGGUUGCUCCCCCCAAAGCUGGCGAAGUGCGUAUUAAAAUCAACCACACUGGUGUCUGCCAUACCGAUGCCUACACUCUUUCGGGCAAGGAUCCCGAGGGUGCUUUCCCCGUUGUUCUCGGCCACGAGGGUGCCGGUACUGUCGAGUCCAUUGGUGAGGGUGUGACUUCCGUCAAGGUCGGCGACUACGUGAUCGCUCUCUACACUCCCGAAUGCCGUGAAUGCAAGUUCUGCAAGUCUGGCAAGACCAACCUCUGUGGUAAGAUCCGCGCCACUCAGGGUAAGGGUGUUAUGCCCGAUGGCACCUCCCGCUUCAAGGCCCGUGGCAAGGAUCUCCUCCACUUCAUGGGUACCUCCACCUUCUCUCAGUACACUGUGGUUGCCGAUAUCUCUGUCGUCGCCGUCACCCCCAAGAUCCCCACCGACCGUUCCUGUUUGCUCGGCUGUGGUAUCACCACGGGUUACGGUGCCGCCGUCGAGACCGCCAAGGUCGAGGAGGGCUCCAACGUCGCUGUCUUCGGUGUUGGCUGUGUCGGUCUCUCUGUUCUGCAGGGUGCGGUCAAGAACAAGGCUAGCAUGAUCAUUGCUGUUGAUGUCAACGAUGGCAAGGAGGAGUGGGCCAAGAAAUUCGGUGCUACCCACUUUGUCAACCCCACCAAGCUCCAGGGCAAGACCAUCCAGGAGCACCUGAUUGAGAUGACUGACGGUGGUUGCGACUACACCUUCGACUGCACUGGUAACGUCGGUGUCAUGCGUGCUGCCCUCGAGGCCUGCCACAAGGGUUGGGGUGAGAGCAUUGUCAUUGGUGUUGCGGCUGCUGGCCAGGAGAUCUCCACCCGUCCAUUCCAGCUGGUCACCGGCCGGGUCUGGAAGGGAUGUGCCUUUGGUGGUAUCAAGGGUCGUACCCAGCUGCCCGGUCUCGUCGACGACUACCUCAACGGCAAGCUCAAGGUGGACGAGUUCAUCACUCACCGCCAGCCUCUGGACGGCAUCAACCAGGCUUUCGACCAGAUGAAGGAGGGUGACUGUGUCCGUUGCGUUGUUGACAUGAAAUAG